CCGUUUCGUUAUGUAAGCAGUUUUGCUUAAAAGCACGGGUAUUAAGAAAUUUCAACUUUUUCUAAAACAACAAUAAAAACGUUUUUGUAUUUAUUGCACACAUUCAUUUUGUCUGCAACAUUUAAUUAGAAAGAGAUUAUUGUUAGUAAUAAAAUUAAUAAAAAAUAAUAUCAACAAUCACACGUUUGAGUUUUCUAAAAACUUUUUUACAACAUUUUAGAGCCAAAUUUUUGUAUAACUAAUUUAAACUAAAAAAAUCAAAAUUUUAUGAUGGAGCCAAAGUAAAACUUUUGAACAGUUUGUAAUAUGCUUAUUUAAGCUUCCAACCAAGAAUGGUCACUCAUUCUUUCCUAUGGCGUCUGAUUUUGAUUUAAAUGUUUCAGUUCAAAAUUAUGAGAGCGAUAUCUUGUUUGAUUUAAACGAAAUUCCAUCAGAAGAAGAAGAAGAAAGCGUUACCAAUGGCUACGAAGAUAUACCAAUUAGUCCAGGACAUGAUGUUGUUCAAAGUCAACCAAAUUUACCAAAAACCAGGAAAUUUUUGUCAAAUGAAGAAAGGUACGAGGUCUUCGGUGCUUUACUUGAGAAGAGCAUUGCGGGAAAGUUGGAAAAAAAUGUAACAAAAGAAGUUUCUCAUCAGUUCUCGGUGUCUAUUGCAACCGUACAAAGAAUUUGGAGACAAGCAAAAGCAACAGCUAAUACAGGAAAAGUUAAUGUAUCUCAUCGGAGAACGGAGAAUUGUGGUCGCAAAAGAAUCACGAUCGAGCCAACUCAAGUUACUGCUGUUCCAUUAUGCAAACGGACAACUUUGAGAUCAAUGUCUAUGGCUAUGGGCGUGAGUCUUACAACACUAUUUAGACGAAAGAAAGAAGAGCUUAUUCGACGUCAUACCAACAGCAUCAAGCCUUAUUUGAAGGAAGCCAAUAUAACAAGUAGGUUACAAUUUUGCUUCUCUAUGUUGGAUAAAAAUAGUCUACCUCAUGAACCCAAGUUUGUUGAUAUGUACAACAUAAUUCAUAUCGAUGAGAAAUGGUUCUAUAUGACGAAGAAGACCGAGAAGUAUUAUCUACUUCCAAUUGAAGAAGAGCCACAACGUUCGUGUCAAAGUAAAAAUUACAUUGGAAAGGUGAUGUUUCUAGCGGCAAUGGCUCGUCCAAGAUUUGAUGAAGAAGGAAAUGAGGUAUUUGAUGGGAAAAUUGGAAUUUUCCCGUUUGUUACUCUGCGGCCAGCUCAGAGAAAGAGUAAGAACAGAGAUGCUGGGACGUUAGAACUAAAAGCGUCAACUUCGGUCAAGAGAGAGGAUAUAAAAGCAUUCUUGAUUGAAAAGGUUCUUCCGAAUAUUCAAGAAAAGUGGCCAAAGGAAGAUAGAGGAAAGACUAUCUUUAUUCAACAAGAUAACGCAAGAACACAUGUUGAGUGUGGAGAUAAAGAUUUCCAAGAAGCAGCAUCAAAAACUAUGCUAUUCAAUCCUUACAACAUAAAGAAUGUCCAAAAACCAUAG